AUGAACGCCUUUGCCUUCAUUGUGAAUUCGAUCUUGCUCGGCUUCAUACUAGGCUACUUACUGUUUCUUAUCAUCUCUGCAAUGUCCUCUGGUAAGAUGGUCAAGGGAGAACUGAAAUCCUCCCAACCUCCCACGGAACCCUCGAGGAUAUUGCUCGCCAGGAACGGGUUAUCUCGGGAGCAAUGGAGGAAUCUAGAAGCAUCUCGUGACAACAUUCCGAGGUUCCUGUUCCGCGGCUUCAGCGCGCGCUCGAGCGGUGGCGACCCGCGCUUGAACAGCAAAGACGGUAUUGUGCCCCAUUACUCCCUCGAUGGUACACAACCAACAUCCAUGUACCAUGUUCGUCGCCUUGCCCUUGGGGAAUUUGUUACCCAUCAUUUGUAUGGAACACCUGUCAGCACACCUUUCAGCUCCUGGACACAAAGCAUCACAGUAGCAAUGAACUUUGCUGGCUCCGACCACAGCGCGCACAUUGCUAUACUCGAUACCACGUUGUUGGCUCCUCACGUGUCGAUAUACCAUACUCCAUCACUGAAGUCAGCAGGUCUCACGGGUGCUUCCUAUAAGGAGGAGUAUUUGGCGUACGGCCCCAUCAAUGGCCCCGCGUUCCACUAUGUGCCCUGCGAAGAUUUCGUGGGUACAUCAUUGAUGAGAAGCCCAUACCCGAUCGUACCGAAAGACAUAGAAGACAGAGUCAUCCGAGCGAAGAAGACCGCGCGCCUUUUCCGGCCAUCCAGUGAUAAGCGGCCGGACAUCGUCAUAGUAAUGACGACGUAUCUGUCCUGUCUCUUGUUUGGAUACCUCGCCAACAUUCAUAACCCGAAUCUUCUCAAAAGCCUGACAGUCCACUUGGAGAAAGAGAUGAAGGCUGUUAAGCUACCACCUGCUACUAGUGACGUAGUUGGUUUAGUCAACCCGAAGAUGGAUACGUCGCCCGGUGGGGAGCUCGAACACAUGGUACUGCUGUUACAAGAGAUUGAGAAGAAAGUCAGAUCUCUGGGUGGAAGAGGCAAGUAG